CUACUCAACUCAGCAACACUAGAAGUUGCGAUCUUAUACACGCCCUCUCCAUAUCUUCUUCAUUCCCUUCCAAAUCAAAACCCACUAAAAUUUUCAAUCCGUUUAAACACCUCAAAAAAUGGAUUACUUACUUCAACAUGAACCAAUAAUGCGAAUGGCUCUACUGUUCGCCAUCCCACUUUUACUUCUUCUGCCUUUGGUGUCACGAAAACUUCGUCAAACGACACCGUUUCCGCCAGGGCCAAAGGGGUUGCCAAUCAUUGGAAACAUGAACAUCAUGGACCAACUUACACACCGAGGUCUUGCCAACCUGGCAAAACAAUACGGCGGCGUUUUGCACCUCCGCAUGGGGUUCCUCCACAUGGUUGCGAUUUCGAACCCGGAGGCAGCACGCCAAGUACUCCAGGUGCACGAUAAUAUCUUCUCCAACCGCCCUGCCACCAUAGCCAUCAGUUACCUUUCUUACGACCGUGCUGACAUGGCUUUCGCUCACUACGGCCCCUUCUGGCGUCAGAUGCGUAAGCUCUGCGUCAUGAAGUUAUUUAGCCGUAGACGAGCGGAGUCAUGGCAGUCCGUAAGAGACGAGGUUGAUACGGCGGUUAAAACCGUAAGUAAAAACCUCGGGAAGUCCGUGAACAUUGGUGAGCUUGUGUUUAACCUCACCAAAAAUAUUAUUUAUAGGGCCGCGUUCGGGUCUAGUUCGCAAGAAGGUCAAGAUGAGUUCAUUUCUAUAUUACAAGAGUUUUCUAAGCUCUUUGGAGCUUUUAACCUUGCGGAUUUCAUUCCAUAUCUGGGAUGGAUUGAUCCGCAAGGAAUUAACGCCCGGCUCGUCAAAGCGCGCGGGGCCUUGGAUAGAUUCAUAGACAAGAUCAUUGAUGAACAUGUGGAGAAAAACAGGAAAAAGGGUCACGGCAAGGUUGAUGAAGAAAGUGACAUGGUUGAUGAGUUGUUAGCGUUUUAUGGUGAGGAGGCUAAGUUGAAUAAUGAAUCUGAUGAUUUGCAGAACUCCAUCAGACUAACAAAGGAGAAUAUCAAAGCCAUAAUCAUGGACGUGAUGUUCGGAGGCACGGAAACGGUGGCAUCGGCGAUAGAAUGGGCGAUGGCAGAACUCAUUAGGAACCCAAAUGAGCUGAAGCGCGUGCAACAAGAACUCGCCACCGUCGUUGGCCUCGACCGGCGCGUGGAGGAGGCAGACUUCGAGAAGCUUCCCUACCUGAAAUGCGUGAUCAAAGAAACCUUGCGCCUCCACCCGCCAAUCCCCCUCCUCCUCCACGAGACAGCGGAGGAUGCAACGGUGUCCGGAUACUUCGUCCCGAAAGGGUCGCGCGUGAUGAUCAACGCGUGGGCAAUAGGGAGGGACAAAGACUCGUGGGAAGACCCUGAAAGUUUUAGGCCUUCACGGUUCUUGGAGGAAGGAGUGGCGGAUUUCAAGGGUAGUAACUUCGAGUUCAUUCCAUUCGGGUCGGGUCGGAGGUCGUGCCCCGGGAUGCAAUUGGGGCUUUAUGCGUUGGAGUUGGCAGUGGCACACCUUCUCCAUUGCUUCACGUGGGAGUUGCCUGAUGGGAUGAAGCCGAGUGAGAUGGACAUGAGUGAUGUCUUUGGACUCACUGCUCCUCUAGCUACUCGUCUCUUUGCUGUUCCCGCUAAGCGGGUCACCUGCCCUCUCUAAGCGACUAAGCGUCUGAAACAACUCCUCAAAUAAUGCAAGGGGAAAAAA